CUUGAAGUGUCAGUAUUUACUCCGGAGAAGCAUAGAAAGCAAUAUCAAGCCUCCCUUACAACAAAGCCUAUUCGCAUUUCCAUUAAAAUUAGUUUUUGCAGAAAUUAGUUCAUAAUUAUAUUUAUAAUACAUCAACAUGCCAGGUCAAUACGUUAAUUAUAAAUACACACGACUACUGAUGGUUCUGAUGAAGUGUGCCCUGUCCAGCUUCUACCUCUGGAUAAUGCUCCAUGCUGCUGCCAUUAUGCCCGAGAUUAUUGAACGCUGGGAGUCCACAUUCUGGACAUCUCGGCUGAAGCUCUUUAUUCGCUACAAGACCGUGUUCAUCUCGUAUCAGAAGUCGGAGUUAAUUAUCUACAUGCUGGUGACCUGGGUGAUGUUUUGUUUGUUCCGUUGUUGUCGCUGCAAUUUCCUGGGAAGCCGAUGCAUCAGCCGAAGCAAGGACAUUCCUAAUUUGGACUGUGGCACCUAUCUGUCCAUGUCUCCAUACCUGAUGGCCUUCGCUUUUCUCUGGGUGUUGUCCGUGUGGCGUAUGAUAGUCAGAUACUCGCAAGUGAUCGAUUAUACAAAGGAGAACAAUUCCUAUUUGUUACUUUGCCAAUUUUUGAUGGCCCUGGCCUUCAAGUUGCUUGUAUUGACCAACUUCUACUCCACGUUCUUGCGAGUCUGGAUGAUCCUGAACGUUUUCGAAAAGGAAUCGGAAGAAAAUGAGGUGGUGAUAAACACUCAUGACUUUGGCGAGCAUUUGAAUUUAUUCUUUCGUGUUUAAACUGAAGACUCACUCCUCACCCUUGCAGUAUUGUAAUGUUUUAAAAAUUCAAAAAUAAAGUUGGCCUCUAGCUAUCGUGUGGGCACAGAGUUCGUUAGGCGCACAUCAAGUAUACGGCCCGUGGACGUUA